AUGCAGUUGAGCAUCUUAACCUUUCUGUGUGCGCUUAUCAGUACUGCAUUUGCGUUGAGGUUUGAAAUCCCUGCGUCCUCUAAGCCAGAACCGAUUUGUGUUCGUGAUUUUGUCAAUGAGGGCCAACUGGUCGUGGUUAAUAUUAGGAGCGAUGGAUCCGUUGGAGACGGCCAAGUGCUGAAUCUUGUCAUCAGAGACAGCGUUGGCAAUGAGUACCGCAGGAAGAAGGAUUUUGCUGGUCCAAUCAAAGUGGCUUUCACCGCACCAUCCUCAGCAGCAUUCGACGUGUGUUUAGAAAACCAAUUGCAAAGCCGUGGCCACUCCCUCAGCAGAAGCGUAGAGAUGGACAUCGAGUCUGGCUCGCAAGCGCGCGACUGGAACAAGAUCCAAUCUACCGAGAAGCUGAAACCCGUUGAAGUUGAGCUGCGCAGGAUCGAGGAAUUGACCGAUGAAAUCGUGGACGAGCUUGCAUAUUUGAAAGCCAGAGAGGAAAGACUAAGAGACACCAAUGAGUCCACUAACAGAAGAGUCAGAAACUUUUCCGUUGUCGUGAUUUGCGUUUUGAUCGGUUUGGGUGCUUGGCAGGUCAACUAUCUCCACAACUACUUCAAAGCUAAACAUAUUAUUUAG